UAUCCAAAAAACCAAACUUUCCAUAAUUUCCAACCACCCCAUUUUCCAUUUCUAUCAAAAUUCAUCAAUGGCUUCAGUGAUCAUGUCAUUUGCACCAGCAACAGGUAGAGUCUUUGCAGCAACAGCAGCAAAAGGUGCUUCUGGUGGCAACAAAGAAGAGAAGGGUUUGCUUGAUUGGAUCCUUGGCAAUUUGCAGAAGGAAGAUCAGCUUCUUGAAACUGAUCCAAUUCUCAAGAAGGUUGAGGACAAGAGUGGCGGAGGAACCACUAAUGGCGGCCGCAGGAACUCCGUCGCCGUGCCGCAGAAGAAGAAGAAUGGUGGAUUUGGAGGCUUGUUUGCUAAGAACUGAAAAUUAAUUGAAAAAAAGAAAAAAGAUUAAGCAUUUUAAUUUCCAUUGCUAUAUAAUUUACCUUGUUUAAAGGUUAUGUUAAAUUCUCUUGACCAUUAUGGAAUAUUUUUAUGCUGUGUGUCCUUUUUUUGCUCUUA